CAACAGGUUUGCCUUUAGUGUGUAAAGUUUCUAUAAAAGAAAGCAAAAUCAUACAUAUAUGUAUUCUGAUUAAUCUGAUCAGACUAUGGCGCCCGCAACCAUCGUGUACAAACUGAUCCUUUUCGGUGUGAUGUUUGCUGCUACCACUGCGUUUGACGCAGAUGCUAUAGCACAAGCAGCCUGUUCAGCGAGUACAUCCGAUGGUAUUGUGUCAGCAAUUCGGAGAACAUGUGGAUCUGGUCAGGAUUCAUGUAAUACAAUUUGUAGCAAUGCAAUCAGCAGUAUGAGAGCGAUCUAUGGAAUUCAAGGAUCUGCAACGGCAACCUGUUUCGCAGCAUUUCACUUUUACUACAAACAUACCACUUUGAAACCGGAAGAGAAGGGGAAAGCACUGAUGGCCAUGAAGAGAUACGGUGAUUGGGGGUGUCGGAACACUGGCUGCGGUCCAAACUUCUGUUGUUGUAAAGCAUGAAAUAAAUAAUCAAGGAUA